UACAGCUCCGUUCCAGCUCCUUCGUCAACAGGGUAUGGCGUCGCUCACAGUCAAGGCCUACCUUCUAGGCAAGGAGGAUGCGGCCCGCGAAAUCCGCCGCUUCAGCUUCUGCUUCAGCCCCGAGGCGGAAGCCGAAGCCGAGGCUGCGACUGGGCCGGGGCCUUGCGAGCGGCUGCUGAGCCGGGUGGCCGCCCUGUUCCCGGCGCUGCGGCCUGGCGGCUUCCAGGCGCACUACCGCGAUGAGGACGGGGACUUGGUUGCCUUUUCUAGUGAUGAGGAGCUGACAAUGGCAAUGUCCUAUGUGAAGGAUGACAUCUUCCGUAUUUACAUAAAAGAGAAGAAGGAGUGCCGGCGAGACCACCGCCCGCCAUGUGCUCAGGAGGUGCCCCGCAGCAUGGUGCACCCCAAUGUGAUCUGUGAUGGCUGCAAUGGGCCUGUGGUGGGAACCCGCUAUAAGUGCAGCGUCUGCCCGGACUACGACCUGUGUGCGGCCUGCGAGGGGAAGGGCUUGCACGGGGAGCACAGCAAGCUUGCGUUCCCCACCCCCUUCGGGCACCUCUCUGAGGGCUUCUCUCAUAGCCGCUGGCUCCGGAAGCUGAAACAUGGGCACUUUGGGUGGCCGGGCUGGGAAAUGGGCCCACCGGGCAAUUGGAGCCCACGUCCUCCUCGGGCAGGAGAUGCCCGCCCUGGCCCCACAGCAGGAUCAGCUUCUGGGCCCUCAGAGGAUCCCAGUGUCAACUUCCUGAAGAAUGUAGGGGAAAGUGUGGCUGCUGCGCUCAGCCCUCUGGUGCUGAAGAAUGAGGGGAUGGCGGAGAAAGGAUGCCUUGUGUCACUCCUUUCCAGGGCCUCCCAUUUCAGAGCAGGCAUCGAAGUUGAUAUUGAUGUGGAACAUGGAGGGAAAAGAAGCCGCCUGACAUCUGCCUCUCCAGAUAGUUCUAGCACAGAGGAGAAGUGUAGCUCACAGCCAAGCAGUUGCUCCUCCGAUCCCAGCAAACCAGAGGGCAAUACGGAGUGUACGACGCAGUCUCUGGCAGAGCAAAUGAAAAAGAUGGCCCUGGAGCCUGUGGGCCAGCCCGAGGAACAGAUGGAGUCUGAUAACUGUUCAGGAGGAGAUGAUGACUGGACUCAUUUGUCUUCAAAGGAAGUGGACCCAUCUACCGGUGAGCUCCAGUCUCUGCAGAUGCCAGAAUCUGAAGGGCCAAGCUCUCUGGACCCUUCCCAGGACGGCCCCACAGGACUGAAGGAAGCAGCGCUAUACCCACAUCUUCCGCCAGAAGCUGACCCCCGGCUGAUUGAGUCCCUCUCCCAGAUGCUGUCCAUGGGUUUCUCUGACGAAGGUGGCUGGCUCACCAGGCUCCUACAGACCAAGAAUUACGACAUUGGAGCUGCCCUGGACACCAUCCAGUAUUCAAAGCACCCACCACCAUUGUGACAGUGUUUGCUCACCUAGUCUGUACCCCUUUUUGUCUCCCAGUUGUGUUGAGCUAGUGUAGAACAGCAGGGCCUCUGUAAGGGCCACUUUUCUCUACAUUCUUCUUCCAGAAUCUGGGGGGUGGGGAUGCAUGACGCCAUUUAGGGUAGUAGAACAAGUGACAUGAGGAGGACUUCCAGGUAUGUGUAUGUUUGAGAACUUGGCUGUUUUGAGAUUGAUGUUUUGAGAAACAAAACCAGUGUCCCUCGUGUGCCUUGGCUCUGGGCCUUGCCCUUGCUGAGGAGGCACACUGCAGCCUAUUCCUGUCCACCCACCCCCAGGAUGAUACCAGCAGUCCAGAAUAUAUCUUGCCUAAUGACCUUCUGCUUUUUUUUUUUUUUAAUGACUAAUGGUAUGCUGACAUUUAGUUUAUUAUCCAUUAGAAACCUGAUAUAUUCUGAUUUUAGAUACAGUACUGUUACCGUUUCAUCAGGGAGCAGAGGAGGGUGUCCUGGAGCAGGUGCUGGGGAAGAAGAAUGGGGUUAGGACAGGACAGCCCAGUACCGUGGCUUUGGUGCUUGGGAAUAAAGAACGGCUGAUAAGGCGA